GGGCAGCCUCCCGCUCUGGGGACGGGGGCGGGGCUACGAGGCGGCGGCGAGCGCCGGGGAGGCUGAGGCGGGGCGAGGCGCCGCGUGCAGCGACAACAUGGCGGCGGCGGCGGCGGCGGCGGCGGCGGCGGGCGGCAGGAAGAGGAAAGCGCCGCGUGGGGCGGCGGCGGCGGGUCGGCGGCGACAGCGGCAGCAGCAGCAGCAGCGGGCUGCGGCCCCGGGCGCGGAGGGCAAGGCGCGGGCGGCGGCCGGCUGGCACCGUGACGAGGAGGUGUCCAGUGACUCCGAGGCGGAGAGCCCCGCGGCUGGCGGGCGGCGCCGGCGGGAGGAGGAGGAUGAGGUGGAGGAGACCCCGCAGGAGAAGAAGCUGCGGCUGGCGAAGCUGUACCUGGAGCAGCUGCGGCAGUACGAGGAGGAGAAGGCAGAGGAAGAGGCCUUUGCGGACGAUCUCAUUGGCGACCGCCUAAAGGAAGAUGUGCUCGAGCAGAAGGGCCGAUUGCAGCGUCUGGUUGCCAAAGAUGUGCAGCCUCCAGAUCCAGCAAGCAUACGAGUGUUGCGGGGGCACCAGCUGCCCAUCACUUGCCUCGUCAUUUCUCCAGAUGACAAGUUCAUCUUUUCAGCUGCCAAGGAUGGCUUCAUCAUUAAAUGGGAGGUGGAGAGUGGGAAGAGGCUGUGUGUGGUGCCUGGAGGGAAGAAGGGCACUGAAGAGCAGCAGGUGGGGCACACAGCUCACAUCCUCUGCAUGGCUAUCUCAUCGGACAGCAAGUACCUGGCAACUGGAGACAGGAACAAACUGAUAAUGAUCUGGGAAGCAGCCACCUGCAAGCACCUGUACAAGUUCACCGGUCAUCGUGAUGCUGUGUCGGGCCUGUCCUUCCAGAAGGGUACACACCAGCUGUACAGUGCUUCCCAUGACCGCUCCGUCAAGGUCUGGAACGUGGCGGAGAAUGCGUACAUAGAAACCCUAUUUGGGCACCAGGACGUCAUCACAGGGCUGGACAGCCUGAGCCGGGAGUGCUGUGUGACAUCAGGGGGACGGGACGGCACGGUGCGGGUCUGGAAGAUUCCCGAGGAGUCGCAGCUUGUGUUCUACGGGCACCAGGGCUCUAUUGACUGUAUUCAGCUCAUCAAUGAGGAGCACAUGGUAUCAGGUGCAGAUGACGGGUCCAUCGCUCUGUGGGGGCUGACAAAGAAGAAGCCACUGGCGCUAGUGAGGCAAGCUCAUGGCACACAUGGCUCCCAGGGCCUGCAACAGCCGUACUGGAUCUCGGCGGUGGCUGCUCUGCACAACAGUGACCUUGUUGCUACAGGUGCCUCAUGCUGCUCACACAGUGCCAGCGUGAGGCUGUGGAAAUGCGGCGAGGGAUUUCGGAAACUGGAGCCCCUCUUUGACAUCCCCCUGGUUGGCUUCGUCAACAGCCUGAAGUUCUCGGCGGCAGGUGACUUCCUGGUGGCUGGCCUCGGGCAGGAGCACCGGCUGGGCCGGUGGUGGAGAAUCAAAGAAGCCAAAAACAGUAUCUGCAUCAUUCCCCUGAAGCAGAGGGCAGGAACAGCUGACAGCUCCUAGCCCCCUUGCUCACUGUCCCCCAGCCCUGUCUCCUUGUUCAUUAAAGCCUCUGUUGUUCUUA